UUCGAUUUUUUACAAAUCCCUCAACUCACCCAAUUGGACCAAAGGCCCAAUUUAUUCACACAUUCACACUUGCAAAUUUCUCUCUCAAGAAGUACUCAAGAAAAUCAAAAAACAGCUGUUAUCUUCUUUCUCCCUCUAUAUGCGUGGGCAACUGUGCACAUUUCAUUAGUUCCUUUCUCUCUGUAAAUAAAAGAAAGUGCAGAAUAAAGUGCAAAGGGGAGCAAGAAUAAGGGGGAAAAAAGGGGCAAAUUUGCUUUGUGAAGGAGGCAUCAAAGAGAGGUUAAUGGCCAUGGAUUUGAAGCUUGUAGUAAUGCUGCUGUUGGUGGCACUGUUUGGUUCAUGGGUUUCUUGUUGUAAUGCCUCUGUUUCAUACGACAAUAAGGCUAUAAAAAUAAAUGGCCAGAGGAAGAUCCUCAUUUCUGGAUCCAUUCACUACCCACGCAGCACUCCUGAGAUGUGGCCAGAUCUUAUCCGCAAGGCAAAAGAAGGAGGAUUGGAUGUAAUCCAGACCUAUGUUUUCUGGAAUGGGCAUGAACCCAAAGCUGGCAAAUAUUAUUUUGAGGAGAGGUAUGAUCUGGUCAAAUUCAUCAAGCUGGUGCAACAAGCAGGCCUUUAUGUUCAUCUCAGGAUUGGCCCUUAUGCUUGUGCAGAAUGGAACUUUGGGGGUUUUCCUGUUUGGCUCAAGUAUGUACCGGGUAUCAGUUUCAGAACAGAUAAUGGGCCUUUCAAGGCUGCAAUGCAAAAAUUUACGACGAAGAUUGUCAACAUUAUGAAAGCAGAAAGGUUAUAUGAAUCUCAUGGGGGUCCAAUAAUUUUAUCACAGAUUGAGAAUGAAUAUGGACCCAUGGAGUAUGAACUCGGUGCGCCUGCUAAAGCAUAUACCAAAUGGGCAGCUCAAAUGGCUGUGGGUCUCGGCACCGGAGUCCCGUGGAUCAUGUGCAAGCAAGAUGAUGCCCCUGAUCCCGUUAUUAACACUUGCAAUGGUUUUUAUUGUGAUUACUUCUCGCCGAAUAAAGCUUACAAACCGAAGAUGUGGACUGAAGCCUGGACCGGAUGGUUCACUGAGUUUGGAGGUCCAGUUCCUUAUCGUCCUGCAGAAGAUUUGGCAUUUUCAGUUGCAAGAUUUAUACAAACGGGGGGAUCUUUCAUUAACUACUACAUGUAUCACGGAGGAACAAAUUUCGGCAGGACUUCUGGUGGUCCUUUUAUAGCAACUAGUUAUGAUUAUGAUGCUCCUCUCGAUGAAUACGGAUUAUUAAGGCAGCCUAAAUGGGGACAUUUGAAAGAUCUGCAUAGAGCAAUAAAGUUGUGUGAACCAGCUUUAGUAUCUGGAGAGCCCAAUAAGAUUACUCUUGGGAACUAUCAGGAGGCUCAUGUAUUCAAGUCAAAUGGAGCUUGUGCUGCAUUCCUUGCGAACUACGACACAAAAUCCUUUGCCAAAGUUUCAUUGGGGAAUAUGCAUUACAAUCUUCCACCUUGGUCCAUCAGCAUUCUUCCCGACUGCAAGAACACUGUUUAUAACACAGCAAGGGUGGGGGCUCAAAGUGCACAAAUGAAGAUGACACCUGUUGUUUAUGAUAAUGGAUUCUCUUGGCAAUCAUUCAACGAAGAGCCAGCAGCAUCUUACGAGGAUAAUUCAUUUACGGUGGUUGGGUUGUUGGAGCAGUUAAACACCACCUGGGAUGCUUCCGAUUACUUGUGGUAUAUGACAGAUGUCAAGAUCGAUUCAUAUGAAGGAUUUUUGGAUACUGGCAAGUAUCCUGUUCUUACAGUUUUAUCUGCUGGUCAUGCUUUGCAUGUUUUCGUCAACGGUAUAUUAUCAGGAACUGCAUAUGGAAGUUUAGAAGACCCAAGGUUAACAUUUAGUAAUGGUGUGAAUUUGAGAGCUGGAGUGAACAGGAUAGCACUGCUAAGCAUCUCUGUUGGUCUCCCGAACAUUGGCCCACAUUUCGAGACAUGGAAUGCCGGCGUUCUUGGCCCAGUUUCACUGAAUGGUCUUAAUGAGGGUAGGAGGGACCUAUCGUGGCAAAAAUGGACUUACAAGAUUGGCCUCAGAGGAGAAGCAUUGAGUCUUGAUUCGCUCAGUGGAACUACCUCGGUAGAGUGGGUCGAGAGUUCGUUGGUGACUCAACAGCAGCCUUUGACAUGGUACAAGACUGCUUUCAACAUGCCAACUGGAGAUGAACCUUUGGCUCUGGAUAUGAAUACCAUGGGUAAAGGUCAAGUAUGGAUAAAUGGGCAAAGCAUUGGACGCUAUUGGCCUGGAUACAAAGCAUCUGGUACUUGUCCUGCCUGUAACUAUGCCGGUUGGUUCAAUGAGAAGAAGUGCCUUAGUAAAUGUGGGGAGGCUUCCCAAAGAUGGUAUCAUGUUCCUCGUUCGUGGCUUUAUCCGACAGGGAAUUUGUUGGUUGUGUUUGAAGAGUUGGGGGGAAACCCCUAUGGCAUAUCUUUGGUGAAGAGGGAAAUAGAUAGUGUAUGUGCAGAUAUUUUUGAGUGGCAGCCAACUCUUACAAAUUGGCAAUUGCAAGCCUCUGGUAAAGUUAAAAAACCCCUACAUCCUAAAGCACACCUUCGGUGUGCUCCUGGUCAAAAGAUCACAUCGAUUAAAUUUGCAAGCUUUGGAACGCCACAAGGGGUUUGCGGAAGCUUCCGUGAGGGGAGUUGUCAUGCCCAUCAUUCUUAUGACGCUUUUGAAAAGUACUGCAUUGGGCAGGAAUCGUGCUCGGUGCCUGUGGCACCUGAGGCAUUUGGAGGAGAUCCGUGUCCAAAUGUUAUGAAGAAAGUUUCCGUGGAAGCCAUUUGCAGCUGAUGGGUGCAGGACACUGUUAACAUUUGAAAAGGUCCCAGUUCAGCUCUUCUACAUGAUCCAUACGAAUUCUCAAAUAACUUUAAUUUUCUUCCGUUCAAGUUACUUCAUUCAUCAAAGAUCACGACACGUCGACCAUUUGUUUCCGCUUUUGCCAAGGUGAAGUUGUAGAAAUAUGCAACACACGGUUUGGUUCAAAAGCCCGUUUCAAUUCAAAGAUCAUUGUGGUGUUUUGUGUACAUAAAAGUAGCUGUUGAGGGUGAGGGGUUAUAAAGCACAUCGAGACGUAGUAAAUGUGUCCAUGUGCAAAUGUUGUACUACUUUGUUAGAUUUGUAUUAGGAAUUGUAAGCUCUUGGCUUUCAAUGAUUUCUCAGAAUUUUUGUUCUCUCUGUACCUGCUUUCCCUUGGAAGCAAUUGUUCCAAAUACUACAUGAUAUUGAAAUUUUGUUCCCCA